GCAUAAACAAACCUAGCCCGGCUCGCCGCUCGGACCCCGGAGCGCACGCACAGCCUCACCGCUCUCCUCCGCGCCCGCUGGCCGCCGCGCCUCCAGCCGAGCUCCGGCCUCUCUUGCCUUCCUCCCUGUACCUUGGGCAGGUGACAGCAGGAACAUGUCUCGGGAGCUGCAGGAUGUGGACCUCGCCGAGGUGAAGCCUUUGGUGGAGAAAGGGGAGACCAUCACCGGCCUUCUGCAAGAGUUUGAUGUUCAGGAGCAGGACAUCGAGACUGUGCAUGGCUCCAUUCACGUCACGCUGUGCGGGACCCCCAAGGGAAACCGGCCCGUCAUCCUCACGUACCACGACAUUGGCAUGAACCACAAAACGUGUUACAACCCCCUUUUCAACUCCGAGGACAUGCAGGAGAUCACACAGCACUUUGCUGUGUGCCACGUGGAUGCCCCUGGCCAGCAGGACGGCGCUGCCUCCUUCCCCGUGGGGUACAUGUACCCCUCCAUGGACCAGCUGGCUGAAAUGCUUCCUGGAGUCCUCCACCAGUUUGGGCUGAAAAGCAUUAUCGGCAUGGGAACCGGAGCAGGGGCCUACAUCCUCACGCGAUUCGCCUUGAACAACCCGGAGAUGGUGGAGGGCCUCGUCCUCAUCAACGUGAACCCUUGUGCCGAAGGCUGGAUGGACUGGGCCGCGUCCAAGAUCUCCGGAUGGACCCAAGCCCUCCCAGACAUGGUGGUGUCCCACCUCUUCGGGAAGGAGGAAAUGCAGAAUAACGUGGAAGUCGUCCACACCUACCGCCAGCACAUCGUGAAAGACAUGAACCCCGGCAACCUGCACCUGUUCAUCAAUGCCUACAACAGCCGGCGAGACCUGGAGAUUGAGCGGCCCAUGCCCGGAGCCCACACAGUCACCCUGCAGUGCCCUGCUUUGUUGGUGGUUGGGGACAGUUCUCCUGCUGUGGAUGCCGUGGUGGAGUGCAACUCGAAAUUGGAUCCAACAAAGACGACUCUCCUCAAGAUGGCGGAUUGCGGUGGCCUCCCGCAGAUCUCCCAGCCGGCCAAGCUUGCGGAGGCCUUCAAGUACUUCGUGCAGGGCAUGGGAUACAUGCCCUCGGCCAGCAUGACCCGCCUGAUGCGCUCCCGCACGGCCUCCGGCUCCAGCGUCACGUCCCUGGAGGGCGCCCGCAGCCGCUCCCACACCAGCGAGGGCACCCGCAGCCGCUCCCACACCAGCGAGGGUGCUCGCCUGGACAUCACCCCCAACUCCGGGGCCACCGGCAACAACGCCGGGCCCAAGUCCAUGGAGGUGUCCUGCUAGGCGGCCUGCGCCGUGGCCGUCCCCGGACUCUGGGCUCACGCAACCGCCCUUCCUCCAGCCCUUCCCGCCCUGCCUGCCACACCACACGUAACUCGUAUUAACCCAAAGCUUAUGGUGUAAGACAGCUCUGGGGGGACAAAGUUAGACCGGGUUUGUCGAGGGCGCCUCUCCCAUCAGGGCAGGGCGGGCAGACCAAAGGAAAAGAAGCAUCUCAGUGUCCUGUGCUCAUUGGCGGGUGGCCUGGCGGCCACCCUCUUACCCUCCC